CAGAAUCAUGGCAGGACAGUAGAAACAGCUGCACGUACGUUUGGCGCUUAGUUCCCUCCUCUCUUUUUGUAGAGAUUUUGGUUUGGCACCUGUGAGCCCCUUCAUUUGGCAGGUUGCAGCGAUAGAAGGUUUGCUGAACUUGGGGUCUGAAAGCAACUCUUCGAGCAUCAGUUCAACAUGGGGAAGGCCUCUAAGGACAAAAGGGAUAUCUAUUACAGAAAAGCGAAAGAGGAGGGAUGGAGGGCCAGGAGCGCAUUCAAGCUGCUUCAGAUAGAUGAGGACUUUGACAUCUUGACCGGCGUGCGCAGAGUGGUCGACUUAUGUGCUGCUCCUGGGAGUUGGAGUCAGGUACUCAGCAGGCGGCUCUACCUCCCAGCAAAGGCCGCAGCCCAUAAUGGAGACGCCGCCGCACCUCCACUCAUCGUGUCCAUUGAUCUCCAACCGAUGGCGCCCAUCGAGGGCGUGAAGCAGAUCCAGGGGGAUAUUACCAGCGCGCGGACGGCUGAAGAGGUCAUCAAGUACUUCCGAGGCGAAAAGGCGGACCUUGUAGUGUGCGACGGGGCGCCCGACGUGACGGGGCUCCAUGACAUGGACGAGUUCGUUCAAGCGCAGCUCAUCCUUGCAGCGCUAACGAUCGUGACCCACGUGCUCCGUCCGGGGGGCAACUUCGUCGCCAAGAUUUUCCGGGGGAAGGACAUCAGCCUUCUCUACUCCCAGCUCAAGAUCUUCUUCCCCACGGUCACGUGUGCAAAGCCGAAGAGCAGCCGGAACUCCAGCAUUGAGGCGUUUGUGGUCUGCCAAGGCUACGCCCCGCCCCCCGACUUCGAACCGGCCCUGUUACGGGGCCUGCUAGAGCAGGCGGAAGCAGCGAAUGACGACGGGGCAGAUUGUAGCAGCUGGCGCUUCGAAGGGUCGAACAAAGUGGUCGUGCCGUUCCUUGCUUGCGGGGACCUCGCCGGCUUCGACUCCGACCAGUACUAUCCUCUCGGACCAGUAGACACAUCAUCAAAAGGGGGUAGAAAAACGGAAGGGUACCGGUCUUUGGAACCAGUGCAACCGCCCAUUGCGCCGCCUUACCGGACUGCGAAAGAGAUUGAGCGGCAGGGGCUCAGAAAACACUGACGUCCUGCUGUGUGAUUCGAGUACGGUAUAUUCGAGCGGGUUGGUCCAAUUUUAUGUUGAGUCCGUUGUUGCGGUUUCUGUGAAGGGUCAAGAUAAGUUUGGUAGCCCAAUCCGCACACAGUGACUUUUGUAAACUGGGGCGGGGCAGAUGUGUCAACAUGCAAUGAUUGCUCGAUCCAUGCCAGAACCAGGAUUACGAAUCCGACUGUCGUCAUCCG